UUGGCUAUCCUACAAACAAUUUUGUAGACUUCCAUCUAUCCAUUAUUUAUCACGUCUACAUGCAUAUAUAAACAAAGAUCAGAAAAAUUCAAUUAGGAAAAAUAUAGCAAAUGCGGAGAAGUUGAUCGGAUCGGAGCAAAAUAUGGAAGGCGGUAUAAUGCGGCGUAGGAUGUUUUUGGUUGUGUUUUAUGUUGUUUUAGUUGUGACGGUUGAGGCUAACAUUGGCCAAUACGAUGAGGUGUGGAAGAAGAGAGCCCACGAUGCGAAGAAGGCGGCUCACGGGGCUUAUAACCCUAAUCCACACCACGUCAUUCACCAUAUCAAUGAUCAUGUCCACAAAGCGGCAAAAGGCACUAAUCGUACAAUAAGGAGGCAAUUACGUUUGCGACAUAGAUAUCACGGUCCAUGCCUCGCUACAAACCCUAUAGACCAAUGCUGGAGGUGCGACCCGAACUGGGCCCGGAACCGCAUGAAGCUAGCCGACUGCGUCCUCGGCUUCGGCCGCCACACCACCGGCGGCAAAGGCGGCAAGAUCUACAUCGUCUCCAACCCGGCCGACGACGACCUAGUGAACCCCCGCCCCGGAACUCUCCGGCACGCCGUCAUCCAGCCGGGCCCGCUGUGGAUCAUCUUCGGGCGCAGCAUGGUGAUCCGCCUCAACGGCGAGCUGAUCGUGACGAGCCACAAGACGAUCGACGGGCGCGGGCGGCAGGUCCACCUGGCGCAGGGCGCGGGGAUCACGUUGCAGUUCGUGCAGAACGUGAUUAUUCACUGUCUCCACAUCCACGAUAUAAAAGCCGGGGCGGGCGGGAUGAUCCGAGACUCGCUCAGCCAUUUCGGGCUCCGGACGAGGAGCGACGGGGACGGGAUCUCCGUGUUUGGAUCCUCCAACGUUUGGAUCGAUCAUAUUUCGAUGUCGAACUGCGACGAUGGACUGAUUGAUGUGAUUCAAUCGUCGACGGCGGUUACGAUCUCGAAUUGCCAUUUUACUCACCACAAUGAUGUGAUGCUGUUCGGGGCGAGUAAUAGCUAUUCUAAGGAUAAGAUAUUGCAGAUCACGUUGGCGUUUAAUCACUUUGGGCAGGGGCUGAUACAGAGAAUGCCGAGAGUGAGAUACGGGUUCGUCCACACCGUCAACAAUGAUUACACUCACUGGCUAAUGUACGCCGUCGGCGGCAGCCAAAACCCUACUAUUCUUAGCCAAGGCAACCGCUUCAUUGCUCCUCCCAAUCCUGCUGCUAAAGAGGUGACAAAGAGGGAAUAUACACCAGAGGGUGUGUGGAAGAAUUGGGUGUGGAAGUCGGAUGGAGAUCUGAUGAUGAACGGCGCCUUUUUCGUGCAAUCUGGAAACCCCAACCAGAAGUUUCCCACCGCCGAGGAAGGGAUCAAGCCUAAGCCCGGGAACUUCGUUAACAUGCUCACCAAAUUUUCCGGCCAUCUCGACUGCCAUGACGGGAAGCCUUGUUGAAGAUGUACACGUGUGCAAAUCUGACGAUCCAACAAAUUUAAAAGGAACAAGUCAAGAUAGUCAGAUAGAUAGGUAUAGAACAAUAAUUUAUACCAAAAAAGAUAUAGAACAAUAAUAUAAUGUAAAUAUAGGUUACGUUUCAGGGAAAGGAAAUUAAUAUAAUUAUUGGA